AUGACGUCUGACGCUGAACGCGGCGAAGCCGCCGCAAGUGAAACUUCGCACCGAGACGGCCAAAACCAAGAUGAAUACCAGGCAUCACACAAAUCGCGAUUCCGGUUUAAAUCGAAAAGGAAACACAGCGACGACGAUCGGCCUCGAUCCCCUCAUAGAAGCCAUCGCGAUGGAAAACGCCACCGCAACUCCCACCGAAGCAAACGGCGCGAGCCCUCGCCCCCUACUGCUGGGGACCAGCAUAACCCAUCACUCUACGAUGAUACACACCUGCCCAACGCUUCCUCGGGCCAAUUUCUAGAUCCAGAUGUUGCCUUCCGGGAGAGCCUGUUUGAUGCUAUGGCUGAUGACGAAGGUGCAGCGUUUUGGGAGGGCGUUUACGGUCAACCGAUUCACACGUAUCCCGAUGUCAAACAAGGUCCUACUGGCGAGCUGGAACAGAUGACGGAUGAGGAAUAUACUGCGUUCGUGAGGGGGAAGAUGUAUGAGAAGACGCAUCAGCAUUUGUUCGAGGAGAAGGCGAGAAGGGAUAAGGCGAAGAAGGAACGAGAGCGGUUAGCGAAGGAAGGGAAGGAGCAGGAGAAGGAAGCCCAGAAGUUCAGGAGAAAGAUGGAGGAGAGCUUGAAAAGGGGAGAGGAGAGAAAGAAGAGGAAGGCUUGGGGAGAAGCUUGGGAGUCAUAUACGAGGAAGUGGGAUGAACUCGGCAAGGACACGGAGACCAAGGUCGGGAUAGCUUCGAUACCUUGGCCAGUCGAGAGUGGAAAGAAAAGAGAUGUUGAUUUUAAGCAGGUGGAGAGGUUCUUUCUUUAUGCGCCGACGUCUGGGCAACCUACGGAAGCGCAACUAGGGAAGAUCUUGAAACUGGAACGAGUUCGUUGGCACCCCGAUAAGCUGCAUCGCAAGUUCGGAGGCCAGGAUGUUGGGGAAGAUGUCAUGCAGGCUGUCACGAUGGUCUUCCAAUUUGUUGACAAGAUGUGGUCAGAGUUGAAAGAUUGGAAGAAGUGA